AGCACGGCAUUCUGGGUAAACUGUCCCGAAAGUUUGAAGGGCGCACGCGCACAGCAACUACUUCCUUUUGCCUCGUUGCACUCCUGAAAGCAAGAUGGGGCACCAGCAGCUCUACUGGAGCCACCCGCGAAAAUUCGGCCAGGGUUCUCGCUCUUGUCGCGUCUGCUCAAACCGGCACGGUCUGAUCCGGAAGUACGGCCUGAAUAUGUGCCGUCAGUGCUUCCGUCAGUACGCGAAGGACAUCGGGUUCAUUAAGUUGGACUAAGUAAUCUUCCUUGAAUGGAUUCUCCAGGGAGAUGCCAUGAAAGAAACCCAGCUAACUCAAUACAUCCAUAGAUGAACAACACAUGUACAUAAAAUAAAAUUUUAAAAAACC